AUGUAUGCAGAUACAACUUUAGAGUUGGUGAAGAAAGGCGCCUCUCUUCUUUUCCUCGAUGUUCCUCAGCACACUCUUCUUGGCAUCGAUACUCAGAUGUUUUCUGUUGGACCUAAUUUCAAAGGUAUCAAGAUGAUUCCUCCAGGUCCUCACUUUAUAUACUACAGUUCUUCAAAUAGAGGUGGAAGUGAGUUUUCACCAAUGAUAGGUUUCUUUAUCGAUUUGAAUCCAUCUCAGGUAAUUGUUCGCAAGUGGGAUCAACAAGAGGAACGAUUAGUUAAAAUAUCAGAAGAAGAGGAAGAAAGAUACUCUCAAGGUGUAAAAAAUAUGGAGUUUGACAAAUACCUCGGGCCUUAUACACUAAAUCAAUUUGGAGAAUGGAAAAUGUUAUCAAACUACAUUACAAAAACUACUAUUCAAAGAAUUGAACCCAUUGGAGCAGAGAUCACAAUAAUUCAUGAACCCGACAUUUUUACAAGUCUUUUGGAAAGCAUUUUGAUUAAAGAAUAUGGAGGAAUGGAAGAUUUUCUUCUUGGAGAACUGCAAUUUGCUUUUGUUGCAUUUUUGAUGGGACAAUCACUUGAAGCAUUUCUUCAAUGGAAAAAUUUUGUUAACCUUUUAUUUGAUUGUACUGAAGCUCCUCUUCAUACACGGAGUAAUUUGUUUACUAAGUUUAUCAUGGUUGUCUAUUAUCAACUCAAGUAUGCAUUUCAAAAAGAAAAUAAUGUUGCUACAAAAGGGUCUAUCACAUUGUUAGAUGAUUCCUUUUUAUCUUCUGAUAGUUUUCUUCAACAUCUGUGUAAGGAGUUCUUUUUGCUUGUGCUUCAAGCUCCCUUUGUUGAUGGAGACCUUUUGUCUUGGACAAGAAAACUUAAAGAGUUACUAGAGUCAUCUCUUGGAUGGGUAUUUGAGCAUGACAUGAGAGACGGCAUCUUUUAUGAAGAUGAUGAUGAGUUUGCUCCGGUGGUGGUGAUGUUGGAGGAGUGA